UUAAACGAAAAUUUUAGUAACUAUUUUUUUAAAAGCACGUGGUAAAUUGAGAUAAAGAAAAUGACAAAAAUUAGAAAGGUAAAACGUAGGAAGAAGUAUCGCAUGAAUGUAAAUCGUAAACGAUUAAGAAAUAAGUUGCGUAAAUUACCCACAUUAACAUGUUCUCAAAUAAAGAAAUCAUGGGAGGUGACGCAGUCCACACGGACUAAUUUAAAGCAGAUGGGACUAGCAUAUGAUGCAAACGAGGUUGUGAAUAUACCCAAUACAAAGAACGAAAUCAUUGAAAAUAUUAUAACGCGGUCAGUUAAUACAGCAGACACUAAAUUACAAGACAAAGAUGUUGAAAUGAUACCUGUAAAACUGCACGUAGUUCAAGAACUUGAGACAGAAGCAAAGGCACAGAGGAGGAGAAUGUUUAGGUUACCAAAUAAUCAAGUACACUUUCUUACUUACUUAAUGGAUAAGUAUGGGGAAGAUUAUAAGGCUAUGGCACUAGACAGGAAGAAUUACAAUCAAUUAACAUGGAAACAAAUUCGUGCUAAAAUUAAAAUAUUCAAAGGCAUCCCUGAGCAAUAUAACGAGUACCUUCAGAAUAAAAAUAUAUAA